AAAAUCAAAAUCAUCAAAAUAAUUUAAUUUGCAGAUUAACCUGAACAUCCCUGCAUUACAGCAGGUUCUAAUUAUGGGCUUUGUGGUUAUGAUUGCAGGUGAUAAUUGACCAAGAAAAUGAGGUACGAGGAAGGAGCCGAGGAAGUAACUUGGGAAACAAACCAAAUAAAUACGUACCUUAAGGCUUUGGACAUGAUGAGAGGGACCACAACAUGCUCAAGAAUAAAUUGUAAGCUCUUGAACAGGAUUUCAAUGACUAGUUGGUAAAGUCCACAAAACUACAGAAAUUGGAGGAUUUAAUUUGUCAGUUUGAAGGCAAUAUAUGAAUAUAAAAUGAGUUUCAUCUAUUCUCCUUCAUUGAAAAUGUUAGGCAUCCACGGUUGUCUAAGAAAACACACCAUAAAACCCGUGAGCAUGACAGUGCAACUAUUCUGUAAGUUGGAAUACAGGAAGGUCAAGUAGGACAAAGGUUAUCACAACAACUAAAUAUAUAUAAGUUGCAGCAGCUGGGGCAUAACAUUAAUGAUCAGGACCAGAAUUAUACACUCAUUGCUGCAAUAUCUGUUGAUGAGAUAUUACCUCGAGCUCUUUUGAUUGAAGAAUUAGUUUUUUGUCUUAUGGAGAUGUCAUCCAUCAGAGGGUUACCUGAUCUGAAGGAGCAGGAAAUGGUUGAGGACCCUACCUUUCAACACCAGUGGCACUUGUGUUCUAUUGAUGACCUUAUUAUACAUAAUGAUUUUGGUGAGACUGUACAACAUAAUGCAUUUACUUACCCAAAUUUCAACUCCAAAACUUCCAUGGAAACUGCACUUGUUGACUUUGAAAGACCCACAAAACAUCACCAAAACAUGAGCUGGAAUCCCAGCAAAAAUGCUCAAACAUCAGAGACAGAGUUUGUUUCUUUCCCAAAUCCUUUUUCAUUUGUGGGUUCCAAUGUCAUAAGUCCAUUGGGAUUAGUGAAGGCCAUGGAUGAGAUGGAUUGUCCUAUAACCAUUAGUAGCACAACUCCUCUAGAAAGUACCUCUCAAGGAACCUUGAGCCAAAAGAUUGGCACACGUUCUAAACUUACUCAUCCUCAAGAUCACAUAAUAGCUGAAAGGAAACGGCGAGAGAAGCUCAGCCAGCAGUUCAUUGCUUUAUCUUCCCUUGUUCCCGGACUACAGAAGACGGACAAAGCUUCUGUUCUUGCGGAUGCUAUCAAAUACUUGAAGCAAUUGCAAGAGAAAGUGAGGGCUCUUGAGGAGGAACAAAACAUGAAGAAAAAUGUGGAGUCUGUGGUAAUUGUGAAGAAAUCUCAACUAUCCAAUGAUGUAAACAACAAUUCUUUAGAAUAUCAUGGUCAAUUUGACGAGGCACUGCCUGAAAUUGAAGCAAGAUUUUGUGAGAGAAAUGUCCUCAUACGAGUUCAUUGUGGGAAGAGCAAAGGAGUCGUAGAAAAAACAAUCCAGGAAAUUGAGAAACUCCAUCUGACAGUGACCAAUAGCAGUGCCAUGAUAUUUGGGAGAUGUUCCCUUGAUUUAACAAUUAUUGCUCAGAUGGAUAUGGAAUUUUGCAUGGGAGUGAAGGAUCUUGUGAGAAACCUACACUCAGCUUUUACAUCUUUCAUGUGAGGACGUUCUGUUAGUUGAUAAUAAACCGACUUCAAAAGCAUAAGAAGAAUAGAAGUCACGGUCACAACAGUUUAAAGUUUAAGUUCUUCGGUAAUAUUUGUUCUUACAUGGCUUUGUGUGAUGUCUGUCAUCUCAUCUACUCCAACCAUGUUCUUCUUUUUGCAUGGUUUACUCCUUGACCAUGUUAUUGCCACCCAAUUAUUUCAGUUUCAACAGUUACUACACAACUGGUUAUUAGGCAGUUUUUGGCAGGAGGUUGAAAAGUUCAACCGGUCUGUUUUAUGUCCUUUUCUUACGUAAAUCUAUUAUUUCUUACGAGGUUAUAAGUUGAAAGUCGAAACCUCUUGAAGUUCUUGCUCUUGUACCAAAGUAUACAUAUAUAUAUAUAUAUACUCCAUAAUUGUAUAUAUACUUCAUGAAAGUUUGGUUGAAAUAA